CACACACGCGGUUGGGGCACAAGACUCGGCUUUAAAGAAGAGAGAGGACACACUUCUUUGGUGGACGUCUGUGCUUCAAGGAUUUGAAAAGAUUGUUCGUUUUUUUUUAACCGGAUCUUACAAGUUUUUAAAGUCCUCGUAUUUUUCCCCCUGACUUGGUUAAAACUUACACGUAUGCACAACUGGAUUUUUUUGUUUUUUGUUUGUUUUUUGUCAAAAUGGAUGCGUUAGGAUAUUUGUUUUGGGAGGCCAACAUCAAACCGUAGAAGUACACUGAACUCACUGGCAUUUAUAAAAUUUUUAUUUUUAUUUUUUUGUCCCCAAGUUUUCAGCUUUUCCGGAUUUAUAAUCUGGUUUCUUCGUUGCUUCUUGCUGCUGUUGGUAUAGCAAGGUUCCCAAAAAAAUAAAAAAAAUAAUAAUUGAAAAAGAAAAUGGCCUCUCCCUUUGCACCGGAGGGUUUGUACAACACUGGGAUUGCUGCGGACCCCACGGUCGGCUUCGCGGACGAGGACGAGAGCAGCGAAGCCGGGGUGUCGGGGUUCCGGGUGGUGAUGGCGGCGCUGUACCUGGUGGUGUGCGUGGUGGGGCUGGGCGGCAACGGCCUGGUGAUGGCGGCCACGCUGAAGCUGGACCGCCUGGGCAGCGCCGCCACCGUCUACAUCUUCAACCUGGCGCUGGCGGACGGGCUGUUCAUGGCGGGGCUGCCCUUCGUGGCGGUGCAGAACUUCCGCAGCAGCUGGCCGUUCGGCGAGGCCGCCUGCAAGGCCGUCAUGGCGCUGGACGGGGUCAACCAGUUCACCAGCGUCUUCUGCCUGACGGCCAUGAGCGUGGACCGCUGCCUGGCGCUGGGCCCGGGCGCGGGCCGCUGGGCGGGCUGGCGCACGCCGCGGCGGGCCAAGGCGGUGGCGGCGUGCCUGUGGCUGCUCUCGCUGGCGCCCGUGCUGCCCAUGGCGCUGCGCUUCUCGGCCGCCAGCGGGCUGUGCACGGUGGAGCCGCCGCCCGCCGCCACCGCCGCCGCCGCCGAGGCCUGGUGGGUGGUCUUCCUCGCCUACACCUUCGUCCUGGGCUUCGCCCUGCCCUUCGCCGUCAUGACCGUGGCCUACGGCGCGCUGCUGGCCGCCCUGAGGCGGCGCCGGCGCGGUUGCCGCGGCGGCGGCGGCGGCGGGGACGGCGGCGGGUGGCUCCGGAUCCCCGAGAGCCAGCGGCAGGAGCGGCAGGUGACCCGGAUGGUGGUGGCGGUGGUGCUGGCGUUCGCCGUCUGCUGGCUGCCCUUCUACGUGCUCAACUUCUGCGCCCUGACGCGGGCCGCGGGGGGGGGCGGGGAGGCGGGGGGCGGGGACGCGGGGGCCGGGGAGGAGGUGGCUGACGCGCCCGCCGCCGCGCUAACCUUCGCCCGCGGCUUCGAGUUCGUGGUGCUGUUCUCCUACUCCUGGAGCUGCGCCAACCCCAUCCUCUACGCCUGCCUCUCCGAAACCUUCCGCGCGCACUUCCGCGCGCUCCUGUGCCCCAAGACCCUCCCGCCGCCGGAGGGUUGCCAUGACGACGUCGUCACCGAGGGAUACGACCUGCGGGACAGCACCGACGGGAGGAGCGAGGUGUAGCGGGGGUGAGUCUACCCCCCCUCCCCCACCCACGACCUCCCCCCAAAAAGCCACAUCCUCCCCUAGCCAUGAGGACUCCCCCAGGAGCGAGGUGUGUCUCUGAAAGAAGUUCAUUAACCCCACCCCCCCUAGAUGAUUGGGCCAUCCAUUGUGUUUUCCCUGGUCUGAUGGUGCGGUUGUGAUUAUUACGUAUGUUUAUGGGCUGUUUGGGGGGGGGGGGCGGGGGGGGUUAAUUCCGUUUCAA